AUGGCGAGGGAAGAAGACACGAAAGACCGGGCAGGAGAUAUGCUACUGUUCUGGCUGAUGCUCUUCUGGCUCCUGGCUCCAACUACAGUGGAGAGGCUGCAAACCAUAUGUGUGCUCAAGGAUUAUGUGAACAUAGAUGAAAGCUACUAUAAGCCUGGUGAUCUCAUUAUUGGUGGGAAUUUGCCUUUGGGGAUAAAUUUCAAGACUCCUGUUCCAGAGUUUAAUACAAUGAGGCUUCGUUUAGAGAGUCUAUUCACCUCUAUUAACUACCAGCAGUUCCUUGCCUUGAUGUUUGCUGUCUCCCAGGUCAAUAAGGAUUUUCUUCUGCUCCCCAACAUCACACUUGGCUUCCACAUCUAUGGCCAUUACGAGAGGGAGAUUAAUAUUUCCUUAGACAGCCUCUCCAUGCUCUCCUCACGAACACAAAUGGUUCCAGGUUACAAAUGUGACCACCCGGACACUCUGCUGUCCGUCAUUGGUGGUCUCAGUGCCAAGUCCUCAAGGCUGAUGGCCUCCAUCUUCAGCAUCUUUAAGGUCCCACAGCUCGGUGUUGGCUUUGAGUUCUCUCAGGGAGAGAGAAGAGUUUAUACUUCAUUUUUCCGGAUUAAUCCCAAGGAAUCUCCUCAGUAUGUGGGUCUAGUCCAGCUGCUCCUGUAUUUCCAGUGGAACUGGGUUGGGCUUGUGGUCCCUAAAGAUGACAGGGGAGAACGUUUCGUCUCAACUCUGACACCAAUGCUCCAGGAGAAGGAGAUCUGCCUGGCCUUCACCCUGAUGCUGGAAUUGGAUGAUGUUGACAAACGUCUGGAAAAGUUUGUUCUCAAUUUCCUUCCCUGCUUUAAAACAGAAGUGUUUAUUCUCCUUGCAGACUCAACUGUUACUAGCACUUUAAUAGUGGCAGUACAGGCUUUUGAAAAAUACAAAAAAGUAUCAUUUAGGAAAGUUUAUAUCUCUACUUCCCAUUGGAAACUUGGUAUGCAAGAAUCUGAAGGAAUAUUGAAAUACAUAAAGUAUUUCCAUGGAGUCUUGCAUUUUAGGGACCACUCCGAGGAUGUCUCAGAAUUCAUCCACUUCCUCCUGUCUUUAGACCCCUUGAACCCCCAAGGAGAUGUUUUUCUCCCUCUGUGGUGGGAAAAAGUCUUUGGCUGCAAGAUCCAUAAAUCAGGAAAGAUCCCUCCAAAGACUGAAAAACAAUGCACAGGAAAGGAGAAUGUGCAGAAUCUGCCCAAUUACAGUUUUGAAACAAGAAUGACAGGUGAAAGCUACAACAUCUACAAUGCUGUUUAUGCUCUGACACACGCUUUACAUACAAUGUAUGGAUCCAGAGCCUGGCCGACCUUGAUGAGGCUUGGAAGGAGGAUCUCAAAUGUCCAGUCAUGGCAGAUUCUUCCCUAUUUGAGCAAUGUGCAGUUCAACAAUAGUGUUGGAGAUGAAGUCUCCUUCUCACAAGAUGGACUGGGAUCUGCUCGUUAUGAUCUUCUCAACUGGGUUCUCUUCCCCAAUCGAUCUUUUGUCCCCAUGAAAGUUGGACAAGUAAAUCCUGAGGCUCCCCCAGGCCAAGAUUUCACCGUUGACUCUGAUGGAAUCAUCUGGGCUCCAAAGGCCAAGAAGAUCCACUUCCUUGCCUAUCAAGACACCCUGGGAUACAUUUUAGUUAUUCUUGCUGUCUUUUUCUCUGUGAUCACUUCUGUAGUCCUGGUGAUUUUCUAUCAACAUCAUGACACACCAAUUGUCAAGGCCAACAACAGAGAUCUCACCUACCUCCUCCUGCUCUCCCUCUUGCUCUGCUUCCUUUGUUCCUUUCUUUUCAUUGGUCAACCUGGGAAGGUCACCUGUCUCAUACGACAAGCUGCCUUCACCAUUCUCUUUUCCCUUGCAGUUUCCUCUGUGUUGGCAAAAACUGUCAUGGUGAUUCUGGCCUUCAUGGCUACCAAGCCAGGGAACAAGGCAAGGAAACUCUUAGGAAAACCACUGACCAAUUCCAUUGUCAUAGCUUGUCCCCUGAUCCAAGCCCUUCUUUGUGCCAUGUGGCUGGGAACCUCUCCUCCAUUUCCCAACUUGGACUUCCACUCUUUAUUUGGAGAGACCAUCUUGGAAUGCAAGGAAGGCUCAGCUUUAAUGUUCUACAUUGUCCUUGCCUACCUAGGUUUUUUGGCCUUUGUCAGUUUCACGUUGGCAUUUUUAGCUAGGAAAUUGCCUGAUAGUUUUAAUGAAGCCAAGUUCAUUACUUUUAGCAUGCUGGUCUUUUGCAGUGUUUGGAUUACUUUCCUCCCCACCUACCUGAGCACCAAAGGGAAAUCCAUGGUGGCUGUGGAGAUCUUCUCCAUUUUGACCUCUGGAGCUGCUCUCUUGGCUUGUAUCUUUUCCCCCAAAUGCUACAUUAUUCUACUGAGGCCCCAUCUUAACUGUAGAGAAAAUAUAGUAAGGAACAAGAGUUUCUAA